CUGGCUGCCUGAGUGACCUUGGGCGAGUCACCUAAUCCUCUCCGGGCCCCCGGCUUGCUCCCUCGCGGAGUGAUGGACAGGGACCAGAACGUUUCUCUGGCCCUCCCAGACAGCUCCGAGCCUCCCGGGCCCCUCCGCCAGCGAGCACCUCCUCACCCUGGGUCCAGCCUACUUCCUACGCUUAUCCGUCAUGACCCCCCUCCUCUUUCACUCUUGUCCGUUUAAACUGACCUCGCUGUCCCUCCCCCCCCUUCUUUGCUCGAGCCGGAUGACGUGCACGACCCCCUCCCCUGGGGCUCUUAGAAGCCUUAGCUCCAAUGCCAGCUCCCAGCAAGGCCUUUCCUAGACCCCUCAAACGCCCCCACCCUCACCCCCAAGAUUGAGCUUUAAAAUUUGGAGUGAAGUAUUCUCUUCAUGGUGCAUGGACGGAAAGCCAAUGCGCAGGUGUACCAGCACUCGACCAGGAGAGACUGGAAUGGAUGUAACAAGCCGCUGUACCCUUGGAGACCCCAACAAACUUCCAGAAGGGGUUCCCCAGCCUGCUCGCAUGCCCUAUAUCUCCGACAAACAUCCACGGCAAACCCUAGAAGUAAUCAACCUUUUGCGGAAGCACCGGGAACUGUGUGAUGUGGUACUAGUUGUGGGUGCUAAGAAGAUUUAUGCCCAUCGAGUCAUUUUGUCAGCCUGCAGUCCCUAUUUUCGAGCCAUGUUUACGGGAGAACUAGCAGAGAGCCGUCAGACUGAAGUAGUGAUAAGAGACAUUGAUGAAAGGGCCAUGGAGCUGCUGAUUGACUUUGCAUACACCUCACAGAUCACAGUGGAAGAGGGCAAUGUUCAGACCCUUCUUCCUGCUGCUUGCCUCCUUCAGCUGGCAGAAAUCCAGGAAGCCUGCUGUGAAUUCUUAAAGAGACAGCUAGACCCAUCCAACUGCCUAGGCAUUAGAGCUUUUGCAGACACUCAUUCAUGCCGCGAGCUUUUGAGGAUUGCAGACAAGUUCACCCAACAUAACUUUCAAGAGGUGAUGGAAAGUGAGGAGUUUAUGCUGCCAGCCAAUCAGCUCAUUGAUAUUAUAUCCAGUGAUGAACUAAAUGUUCGAAAGAAGAAACAGGUAUUCAAUGCUGUGAUGGCCUGGGUUAAAUACAGUAUUCAAGAAAGACGGCCCCAACUUCCACAGUUGCUGCAGGCAUGUCGUCUACCUUUGCUCAGUCCCAAGUUCCGUGGGACAGUAGGCUCUGACCCCCUCAUCAAAAGUGAUGAAGAAUGCAGAGACCUGGUGGAUGAAGCUAAAAAUUACCUUUUAUUGCCGCAAGAACGACCACUAAUGCAAGGACCAAGGACACGUCCACGAAAGCCUAUUCGAUGUGGCGAGGUACUAUUUGCAGUGGGUGGCUGGUGUAGUGGGGAUGCCAUUUCUAGUGUGGAACGAUAUGACCCACAGACCAAUGAGUGGAGAAUGGUAGCAUCUAUGAGCAAACGACGCUGUGGAGUUGGAGUCAGUGUUCUUGAUGACCUUUUGUAUGCAGUAGGAGGCCAUGAUGGAUCUUCUUAUCUUAACAGUGUUGAAAGGUAUGACCCAAAAACAAAUCAGUGGAGCAGCGAUGUGGCCCCUACAAGCACCUGUAGGACUAGUGUUGGAGUAGCAGUUCUUGGAGGUUAUCUGUAUGCUGUGGGUGGACAGGACGGCGUCUCUUGUCUCAAUAUUGUUGAAAGAUAUGACCCAAAGGAGAAUAAGUGGACUCGAGUAGCUUCCAUGAGUACCAGGAGGCUCGGAGUGGCAGUGGCUGUGUUAGGAGGAUUUUUAUAUGCUGUGGGUGGCUCUGACGGGACAUCUCCUCUAAAUACAGUGGAGCGCUACAACCCUCAGGAAAACCGCUGGCACACAAUAGCCCCUAUGGGGACCCGUCGGAAACACCUUGGCUGCGCAGUGUAUCAGGACAUGAUCUAUGCAGUAGGAGGCAGAGAUGAUACCACAGAGCUCAGCAGUGCUGAGAGAUACAACCCUAGAACCAACCAGUGGUCUCCAGUGGUGGCCAUGACAUCCCGCCGAAGUGGGGUUGGUCUUGCAGUAGUGAAUGGACAGCUUAUGGCAGUAGGAGGUUUUGAUGGUACAACAUAUUUGAAGACAAUUGAAGUCUUUGAUCCUGAUGCUAAUACAUGGAGGUUAUAUGGUGGUAUGAAUUAUCGUCGGCUAGGGGGUGGUGUAGGUGUGAUUAAAAUGACACAUUGUGAGUCUCACAUAUGGUAAGCGUCUAUGAGGAAGCCUCGUGGUUCUCAUUCACAUAUAUGCCUGUGUGUCUAGUGGAAAGACUCAUUGACUUUGGAGCUGUAUGAGGUUCUUGAAAACAGAUCAAAUUUUAUUCUUUGCCGGUGCCUCAAUGUGGAAAUACAAAUCCAGUGACUUUUCUGAAAGAGCAGCUAUUGGAAGCUAUAUUGGCUGGACUCUUCCCAACACGUUGAAGCUUCGCUUAUGUUUUAAUUUUUUUAAUUCCUACAUGCUUUUUGAGCAAAAAACCUUCAGAGCACUCCAGCAUAAGCAAGACCCCAGAACCAAAAGGUACAUUGGGAGUCUGGCAAAGGGAACAAGUUGCCUCUUCCAAGAUGAAAUGAAAUGGUUUCCCACGUAGUGGAAACUGUAGUGUGGAGUGGGCAAAAGUGGAAAAUGAUACUGAAAACAUUACUUUUGCCUUAUUUACAGAAAGCUUCAGAAAAAAAAGUACUUGACCUACAAGAUGCCACCUUUGCACAAACAGUUUUUAACAAUGUGCAGAAGAAUAUUUAUUUUUUGUUUUCAUUUGUUACAUCAUUUUCUUUGUACCUAUCACCAAAAAAGCAAAAAGGGGGGGGGCAAACAACAAAACCCAUAAUUGUUAUUUUAAAGUGAUUGACUUUGAAAAUGCUCAUUUGGGGGGCAAGACUACGUAUGACCUAUUUUUUCCUGAGUAUUCCAAUUCCAAAACUAUAUAUAAUGGAUCAGCUCUUUAAGAUCAUCAAUUGCAAAAUAAAUUUUUACAAUUUUUUAAAAGAAUAACCCAAAAUACACUAAGUAAUCAGCCUUCUUAUUUAAAGUUCCACAUGACUUGAAAGUCCUUAAAAAAAAAUCACGUUUUUAAACACUAGAAGUCAAAAAAGAAUGUUAAGUCAAUAAAAGAAGUCUAGACUCUCAAAUGCUGCAAUUUUAUUCAGUAACAACCUGAUUCUUGUUUUCCUAUGUGAACUUGUUCAGUGACUGCUUUUAUUACAGUCUUUUUAAAACAACGUUCCUCCUAGGUUCUGCUAGAACUAGAGCUCUGCUCAGUGCCUCUAAAAAGCCAAUAGGGAAUGCUCCCGUACUGUGUGGAGAACCCUGCAGAAUCAUCUGCAACUCUGCAAGAGUUCUUGCUCAAAAGCAUUGCAGAACAAAGCCACUUUGCUUUCUCUUUCCUUAUCGCUACCAUGGACCAGCAGGGAGAGUUUGGUGUCUCCCCUCGGUGAACACUGUUAUGCAAGUCCUUACACUUAGUGCACAGGCCUGGAAAGGCCAAGGCCUGCCUGCCACAAGAGGGGAUUCUACAGUUCGUGUAACAGAGUACAUGUGAGGGAUCGAAAACCAAUUGAGGCGUCUGACUAACAAUAUUUUGUUUGUUUUGUAAAGCUACACACUGUUGUCUUCAUCCUCACUGGUGAAGAGCUAAGCAUGUACGGUUACUGAAAAGGAAAAGCAAUGAUCAAAAACCCCUCAAUUCUUCUGGGUUUUUUCCUUGUUUCCUUAUUCAUGUGCUUGAUACAAAAGUCUUGGAGUAAUACUUCCAUGAUAACAACAAAAGUGAAUGACCAUCCCUUUUUUUCCCCAACAAAAAUGGUUGGUAAUUCUUGUGUUUACAUUCGAAAAUCAUUUGCACCUUUACAAGAAAAAAGAAGUAUUUGGUAAACAGUUGUUUACAUGUAUCAUUUAUGCUUUUUCUAGCAUGAGUAACUUGUUAAAAAAAUAGUGUUUACCUUAAUAAAUUUCUUUAAUGCUAUUUAGUGCUGGUUCCUUUUUGUUUAAUUAACAGUACAACUGUCCAGCUGCUACUUGUUUAUUGAUUUUACAAAACAAUACCUAAUAGAAAUAAUGCCACAUAGGUUGUCUUUACAGUUCAUGUGUAAUUUAAAUUUAAAGAAAUAAGAGAAUUAUCAGCCAAAAUUAGAAAGCUUAAUUAUAUAAUUUAACAUAGGUUGAGAUAGCAUUAAUACUUACCUCUGUAAGCUUCUUCCCAGUAUAGGAGUUCAAAAAAAGAUUAUAACUUGAAACAAUUGUGAGGAACCAGAUACCACAAUAGAUUGUAUAUAUCCCUUGUUUUAAUUAAACUAUAUACACCGUUGAUUAAUAAGAAAUAUAUUUAUAUUACAUAACCUAAAAUUUCUAACUUGAAGGUUUUUCCUUCUAGAAUGUAUCAUGUGUGCAUUUGCAGCAUCUGGUAGCAUAAUAUCCAGUAUUGUCCAGCCCUGUUGAUACUGCAUCUCUUCAGAGAGGAACAAAAUCCUUAGAGCUGCUAGAAUCAGGGAAUCCCCAGGCUUAGGAAAAAUUCCUAGUUUCAGGGAGAAGCAUGUCACAGGACCCAAAGCUAGGAAAGUGCUAUAAAGCAAUCAGCA